CGUAUUUAAAAAUUUGAAAUAGAAAAAAGUGAAGCCUGAAGAGAUGGGUUCGAAGAUUGAACUUUUACGGAUGUCCAUCUAUGUUUUCUUUCCUGUGGCUGUAUUUUACUAUUUCAACAUGCCAAAUUUUUAUGAAGAAUAUGUACAGACAACUAUGGGAAAGUUGUAUCCACCUAAUGAAAAUAGCAAAAAACCUCCAAUGUCAAUUGAAGAACUAAGAGCUUACGAGCGAAAUCGUAAGCAAAGGAAAUCUACAAUGAGCAAUUGUGGUGAAUGAUGAAAAUGUUUUAUGAAUGAUGAUAUCUCCAACUCCCCCUUCUAUCCCUUUCCCUGCCUUUUUUCCCUUCCAUCCCUUGCCCCUCCCAUUGAUAAUAAAGUUAUCACAGAAUUUGAUAGCUUUUAAACUGUAUGUUUUGAGUGAAAACACAACUAUGUAUAUGUUAUUCAUAUUUACAGCUAAAUGUAUUAAGGUUAUAUUAAUAUAUAUUAAUAUUAUUCAAAAUAACAAAGCAUUUUAUAAUUGAUUUGUUAUUUUAAAUAACGCCAACAAUACAAUGAGAACCAGACUUAAAAAAACCAACAGCAAGCUCAUAGUCAUCAACUAUGACAAAUAGAUGCAUAAAUGCUUUGUCUAUCCAAAAUAUUAUCCUCCUCAUUGAUCGACCAUAGAUCAUGAUCAUAGUAGAACAUCACAAGAUUCAGGCUAUGUGCGGUUUCAAACACUGUGCGGUUUCAAACAUCUAAUUUAAAAUAUAAAGCAUAUUUUUCUUUGGAUCGUGUGGACAGGGCGUAAAACAAUAAAAUAGACAAAAAGGAUUUUGAAAACGACGCUCGUUGCACAAAGCCUAAAGCCUUAAUGAGUUUCAGCCUUACGUCAUCGAUAGUAUGGGUAAGGAUAUUUUAACUUGUCACUGGUUAAUAACUGUGCUUUAUUUAAAAAAAUUGCUUCGGUUCCCCGGUUACGAAACAAUGCAUCGCCGACUGACGGUGAUUAUAACACAGUUUUAAUGAGUUGUUCUCGGUUAUUAGUAUAACUAGUUGAACAGUGAAAAUACAAGUUUGUGAAUUUUGACUUUUAUUGCUUAUACACAGUA